AGCGCACAAUCCUGUCAUUGCAAUUUGACGCUGAACCAUGAACCGAGCUUAGCACUUUUUCAAAAUCGAUUGAUUAGUCUAAUAAUUUAAUAAUAAUAAAAAAAAAAAUAGUUUAAGUUAUUCGGAUUUGCUGCUUUCUCCCGUCUUGUAAGCAACACCUAACCCGUACCUGAGAGACUGUCAGUCAGAUCUCUUGCGCUGGAUCACUCGUGCGACAAGAUGUGUGUGGAAAGCGACGGAUGCGAGCUGGAGGGCUGCAGCAGCGCGGCGGAGGUGCGCACGCUCUCGGGCAGCAUGAGCGCCGCGCUCAAGGCGAAUCCGGAGUGCAAAUCCGCGUGCAAACCGGGCCAGAAAUUCCGCGCCGCGCUGCUGCGGUGCCGCUCACCCACAACCGCCGCCGGGAUCCUCAGCUUCGGCAACGUGCUCAAUUACAUGGACAGAUACACGGUAGCCGGUGUGUUGCUUGACAUUCAGCGCCACUUUAAAGUAAAUGAUAGCGGAGUUGGCCUGCUACAAACAGUUUUCAUCUGCAGUUUCAUGGUGGCGGCACCCAUCUUCGGUUACCUUGGUGACCGAUUUAACAGGAAGGUCAUUCUGAGCUGCGGCAUCUUCUUCUGGUCGGCUGUGACACUACUGAGCUCCUUUAUCACCAAAGAGUACUAUUGGGUGUUUGUGCUAUCCAGAGGCCUGGUAGGCAUCGGAGAGUCCAGCUACUCCUCCAUCUCUCCCACCAUCAUCGGAGAUCUGUUCACCAACAACAAGAGGACUAUAAUGCUCUCUGUCUUCUACCUGGCUAUCCCAUUAGGAAGUGGUCUUGGCUACAUCCUGGGAUCCAGUGCUAAAGAUCUCGCACAGGACUGGCACUGGGCUCUGAGGGUGUCUCCAAUCUUAGGAAUGACUGCUGGAAUUCUCAUCCUGGUCUUCGUUCCUGAACCCAAAAGGGGCAUCGUGGACAAGUCGACCAGCCAUAUGGGGAUGCGCACCUCAUGGCUCUGUGACAUGAAGGCCCUCCUUAAAAACCGAAGUUACAUGUUCUCAUCUCUCGGAUCGGCCGCAGUAUCGUUUGCAACCGGGGCCUUCGGGAUAUGGAUCCCCCAGUAUCUGGUCAGGGCUCAAGAGGUGCAGGAGACUACAGUGAGCAAAGACAGUCUGAUCUUCGGGGUCAUCACAUGUGUGACGGGUCUACUCGGUGUCGUGAUUGGUGCUGCGACCACGCGCCUCUGCCGACAGAAGACGGAGCGCGCCGACCCGCUGGUGUGUGCCGUCAGCAUGCUGGGCUCAGCCAUCUUCAUCUGCCUCAUCUUCGUCGUGGCCAAGAAGAGCAUCAUAGGAGCAUACAUCUGCAUCUUCAUAGGAGAGACGCUACUCUUCUUGAACUGGGCCAUAACAGCGGACAUUUUAAUGUAUGUUGUCAUACCGACCAGAAGAGCCACUGCAGUCGCCUUUCAGAGCUUCACGUCCCAUUUAUUAGGGGAUGCAGGGAGUCCGUAUCUCAUUGGCUUGAUAUCAGACGCUCUGCAGGAGAGCUACGCAACGUCAGUGCUUUGGCAGUUCCUGAGCUUAGGCUACGCCCUCAUGCUUUGCCCCUUCGUUAUUGUCCUUGGGGGGAUGUUCUUCCUCGCCACAGCCCUCUUCUUUCUAGACGACCGGGAAAAAGCAGAGAAACAGACGAAGCAGCUCUCCCGAUCGCUGUCUGCAGUAAAGGUCACCAAGUGAUAGAAGGUCUGGAGUGGGAGGAUUGAGAGCGAGCCGAGGAGUGGGCGAGAUGAACAGAAGGGAGGUGGAGAGAGAGGGGAGAAAAAAAGUAGCUAACCCGCUCGAAACAUAUGCUGCACAUCACCAUCAUCACCGUCGUCGGUCAUCAUCUUCACUCUUGCCAUACUCUUCAUGUCUGUUGGGUGGAAGCUGAACUUGCUUUGCUGCACAGACACGAUCAUGUCCCACCAAGCAAGUGAAGCAAUGCUGGCAAGUCAGCCAUCCUGCAGCUGGUGGGCAGCUCUCAAAUCAACAUGUAAAGGCCAGUAGGGAUUUCGGGAGGGUUGAAAGAGGGGCUUAAUAAUCCCCUUAGUGCCAUACUACUGAACAUGAACACGCACUCUGUCCUGUCACGCUGCCUGUCAAUCUGCACCAAGUGCCAUAGCAUCACAUUCCCACAACUGACCACGCCUACAGCCAAACGGAGCUCACUGAUUGGUUGUGUAAAUACGGAAAUGAAGGAAUCAUUGUCAUCUAGUGGAAACGGCUGUAUGGUUUAUCCUGCCUUAAUAACGUUGGCAUGGACAGAAGUCUGGUCUCUGGUCAUCUUCUUUAUGUCUGUUCUUUUUCCUUACAUCUUUCUUUGUCUUAGCACUUACUAUUUUAAUGCCAUGCCAGUCAAAUGAUGCAAUCAGACUACAUAUUCACCUAUGAUAUAUUUGCGCUAUCAUUUUCAUAUGUUCAUAUAUAGGAAACCCAUGGUGUUUCAUAGAGGUUUCUGGGUUUUAAAAAAAAAAAAAAUGAAAUGCCGUUAAAUGUAGAGAAUCACUGGAGUGUAAAUAUGAACUAUCCAUCAGAACUUUGCAAAUCUGUUUAUUUUUGUCAGACUUCCUACCAUCCACACCUCAAAUAACACGCCAAGGAUUUUACAAAAGGGAACAAUAACAAGUGGGAAAAGUCUUUAGUGGCUUGUGAUAAUGAUUUUCUUUGAAGGAUUCUUUACAAGGUGCCAGCUCACUCCAUGGAAAAAGAAGCAGAGGAUAAGAUUUAACAAGCACCAGUGUGUUGGAAUAGUCGUCUUUGUAUGCUGGGUUCCAAUAUUCCUUCAGAAGAUAUACCUUCCUGUAUGUGCGCACGAGAGAGCUUGAAUAGUGAUACGUCUAACUUUGUCAAACAGCUACUGAAACCCAUCCAAGAAAAAAAAAGGUUAGGUUGAAUUUGUUGGGGGUUUUAUUUAAAGGGAAUAUAUUACCUUUGGGUUAUUUAUGAUUAGAAAAAAGAAGGUGUUAACCACUUCAUGUCGUUAUGGCCAUGUUACGAGAGAACUUAACAAAACUAUUACGAACAGGUCAAAGUUUGGGAUUUAGUUUUUUAACAGGGUGACACUUGUUGCUAAAAUAUACGUUUCAUAGAUAGUGGAAAUUUUUUCAAAAUGUUUGAAACACUACCAAGUAGACAUGACUAAUUAAGUAUUUGUAGAAAUUAGGAAAAGCACUUUGCUUUUAAAGACGUCCUAGGUAUGGGGGGAAAAAAGAAUGAAAACCUACAAAGAGUUUAUCGUUUUUAUUGUGAAAUUAUAUAUUAUUGCUGUUUCUCAAACGAUUUGUAAAUACAGUUUGUUGUAAAAUAUGCAAUUUCCUAAAAUCCACUUAACCUUUCCAGAAAGGAAAAGCUUUGAUAAGAAGCAAUGAUUUCUAUAUUUUCACGCCGAGUUCAGUUGCCGUUUUAAUCAUUAGGUGUUUUAAUUUUAGCGCAUAUGACUCACAAGAAACCUUUCACCAAAUGGAAAUGAUCGGCCUUUGAAGCUGUUGUAUAGUGUAGACGUCCUCUCCGAAAAUAAAAAUAAAAAAGAGGAGAGGUUCAGCCUUUUUUCACAUUGAAAAAAGCACCUUGCAUAUAUAUUGAAGUGUCAUUUAUUCCGGAAGAGACAAAAAACAACAACAAAUAAACAACACACAAACAACAACAACAACAACAACAAAAACGCUGUAUUGUGAAGGUCUGACUCAUCACUGGGACUGCAGGACACCAUGUUUAUUUCUCUGAGCUUUCAUCAUGCCAGGUGAAAAGCUAUCUGAAUGUGAUUCUAUCCGAUCCAAUGUGUUUACACAUGCAAAUUCAUUUUAAUUAAGCUUUUUGUAUUCUUCUUUUAAAGGAUGUCUUUUUUUCCCCUGUUCUUUUUACAAAUGUUAGUUUUAUAUAUGAUAUUGCUAUAAAAAAUAGACAAUUAUGCAGUGAUUUUAAUAUAUUGUAAACUAGCUUUGAUGCAAGGUAUUUAUUUUUCAUUUUAUGUAUUAGCAUUUUUAAGAAAUCUCUACAAAUGGACAAGAAGCUUCUGGAGAUUGUGAUUUUUACUCUCCAUUUUGUCGUUAUUAGUGAAAAAGCCUGGAUAGUUCAUCAUCUCAAGGAACUGUGCUCAUUCAUACUCAUGCACACACACACACACACACACACACAUGCACGCACGCACACGCACACCAGCUUAUGCACACAUACCAAACAACAGCACAGCAUGAAUUUACAGUACACCCAAGUCCUAGACCAAUCAAAUGUCACUUUUUAUUUAUGCGUUUUGCACAUUUGGGUGUGUUCAGGGUUAUUUCCCCCCACCAAUCCAAUAGUUGUACACUGUCAUUAUGUGCUAUAGAGACUGUACCUAUUUAGUCACAUUACAUAUUCAAGCUACAUGUUUAUUCAUGUUUAUUUUUGUUUUUGUUUAUUAGAUGAUCUACAGUCUUGAGAAUGACAAUGCCAAAAUAUAAUCACCAUCAACGACAUACAAUAUCUGUUUUUUUGUUUUGUUUUGUUUUUUUACAAGAUCACUUUAAUCAAAGAGUCAUGGAGUUGAUGGUGUGUAUCGAGAAUGUGUUCUUUCUUGUCAUACAAGAGUCAUGUAAAAAGAAACCUGUUUCUGAUGUCGAGCAGAAACUUAAAGGGAAUUUUAUUUUUAAGCGCAAGCGUGGUUGAAGAGAACAAAAAAAAAGUCCAAUAAAACACUAUUAUUACGAUAUAGUAACUGUGAUGCUCCAGCAGGAGUGAUAUGAGAUGUAAACAUAUAUGUAAGUCAUGAAAAUAAACUUAUUUAAUCAAACCAUGAA